AUGCGGGAAAAUUAUAAUUUUAAUCAUUGUUACUUGAGUGAAUAUGAAAAGGCGAUAAGAGAUACGGACGAGAAUUUCUCAAUAGAAGAUUAUGAAGUAUUUCAAAUUUUAAAGAACAAGACUUAUUGA